AUGGGUUUGAGGGCUUCUCAUCAGAAGGCAGCAGAGAGCUGUGGAUUCUUCUUCCGCUUUUGCUUAAAACGCUUGGCUGGCGUGUGGGUGGCCCAGCCGGCCUUCUGUGAUGUUGAAUCCGAGCUCAAAGGGGGAGGGAUGUGCAUGAAUGGCGCUUCGGGAAGCCCCGCGAGCAUGAUCGGCCUCAUUUAUCUAGCCGCCUCUCGGUUCAUCCACACGGAUGCUGUUAAAUUUAACGGGAGAUCUGCACCUGCAAAGUUUCUCGUUCGGUUGGUUUGCAUUUCAACUCUGUCUCUUCUCUCCCCACCCCACCCCACCCUUUCUGCAGCUGCCAUUCUGGACGACCCAAUGGAGUGCAGCAGAGGCGAAAGGCUGUCCAUCACGCUGGCCAGAAACCGGAUCAACCGAGCGCCCGAGCGGGUGGGGAAAGCCAAACUGGAGGUGGACAUCUUCGAGCUCCUGAGAGACAGCGAGUAUGAGACCGCCGAAACCAUGUGCCAGAUCCUUCCGAAAGGGGUGGUAGCUGUCCUGGGACCCUCUUCCAGCCCGGCGUCGAGCUCCAUCAUCAGCAAUAUCUGCGGGGAGAAAGAGUCCAUGAAUUCCCGAAACUCGGACGAGGUGAAAGCCAUCCCAUUGUCCAUUACGAUGGCGUCUGGUAUGCCAUGUGUGCUGAAGAUCCACCAUAGGGCACAAAUUGCUGCUCGGGACGAUGUGGAAGGGAACGGCACCACUUCUAGCCAUUUGGAGUAUGAAUCCACCAGGAUGAAGAAGAUCUGGCCCUGGAAUGGACCCACAAAGUCGAGGUGUGAGGAUGACGGGCAGCGAUUCGUCGAAGUGUGCCAGGAUGGUGUUCGAGGUGAGCAGCUCCUUGACAGCCCGGAACGCGGCAGCUUGCUUCUGGCCCCAGACCCAGGGGGCCUUCUUGUCGAGGAGUCAGUGCAGUGGCUCCACAACUGCAGCCUUGUGGGGCAGGAAGAAAUGAUAAAAGUUCCACAGCCCCAAAAAGGCCUGGAGUUCUGGCUUGUAAGCGGGAGCCGGGGCAUUGAUGAUGGUAUAGACCUUGUUGGGAGCAGGAUGGAUGCCCUGGGCAUCAACGGAGAACCCCAGGAACUCAACUCGCAGAAUCCCCAGGAGACAUUUUUCCCCUUUUGCUUUGAGACCGGUGGCUUGAAAUCGCUGCAGGACAGUGCACAGUCUCUUGGCGAAAUCCUCAUCUGUGGCCACUGCACCCAGAAUGCACCCCUGUGCGUCACCCUCUACGAUCGCAUUGUCCACAAGGAGCUGUUGGCUCGGGCGAUAUGGCCGACCUUUCCGGAGUUCCUGCACAUGGCAUCCUGGAAUCGUGCCUGCCUCAUUUGUGCCAAAGCUGAAUGCCUUCUGAACUUGGAGAAGUUGCUCCGCCAGUUCCUUAUCUCCAAGGAAACGCUCUCGGUCCGGAUGCUGGACGACAGCUGGGACCCGACGCCGCUGCUGAAGGAGAUCAGGGAUGACAAGACAGCCACCAUCAUUGUGCACGCCAAUGCUUCCAUGUCCCACAUCAUCCUCCAGAAAGCAGCGGAACUGGGAAUGGUGUCGGCCUAUUACACGUAUAUCUUCACUAAUCUGGAGUUUUCCCUCCAGCGACUGGACAACCUGGACGACCGAGUUAACAUCUUAGGAUUUUCCAUUUUCAACCAAUCCCACGCUUUCUUCCAAGAGUUUGCACAGAGCCUCAACCAGUCAUGGCAAGAGAACUGUGACCACAUUCCGUUUACCGGGCCUGCGCUUUCCGCUGCUUUGCUGUUCGACGCCGCCUAUGCUGUGGUGAGCGCCGUGCAGGAGUUAAACCGGAGCCAGGAGAUCGGCGUGAAGCCCCUGUCCUGCGGCUCUGCCCAGAUCUGGCAACACGGCACGAGCCUGAUGAACUACCUGAGAAUGGUAGAAUUGGAAGGUCUCACCGGCCACAUAGAAUUCAACAGCAAAGGCCAACGUUCCAACUACGCCCUGAAAAUCCUGCAGUACACACGGAACGGCUUCAGACAGAUUGGUCACUGGCACGUUACCAAAGGCCUGACCAUGGAUGACCAACUCUUCUCGUCUAACGUCUCGGAGACCCUCUUCAACACCACCCUCGUCGUCACCACCAUCCUGGAAAACCCUUACUUAAUGCUCAAGGGGAACCAUCAGGAGCUGGAGGGGAAUGACCGCUACGAAGGCUUCUGCGUCGACAUGCUGAAGGAGCUGGCGGAGAUCCUGCACUUCAACUACAAGAUCCACCUGGUGGGCGACGGAGUGUACGGAGUACCGGAGGCGAAUGGAACCUGGACCGGGAUGGUCGGGGAGUUGAUCGCUCGGAAAGCUGAUUUGGCGGUGGCCGGACUGACAAUUACUGCUGAGCGGGAGAAGGUGAUCGAUUUCUCAAAGCCAUUCAUGACCCUGGGGAUCAGCAUUCUCUACCGAGUUAACAUGGGACGCAAGCCGGGCUACUUCUCUUUCCUGGAUCCCUUCUCUCCUGGCGUCUGGCUCUUCAUGUUACUUGCCUACCUCGCGGUCAGCUGCGUCCUCUUCUUGGUGGCCAGAUUGACCCCUUACGAGUGGUACAGCCCCCACCCUUGCUCCCAAGGGAGAUGCAAUCUGCUGGUCAACCAGUACUCCCUCGGCAACAGCCUGUGGUUUCCGGUCGGCGGGUUCAUGCAGCAGGGGUCCACCAUCGCCCCUCGGGCUCUGUCCACACGUUGUGUCAGCGGCGUUUGGUGGGCCUUCACCUUGAUCAUCAUCUCCUCCUACACGGCCAACUUGGCUGCCUUCCUCACUGUGCAGCGCAUGGAUGUGCCCAUCGAAUCCGUAGACGACCUCGCAGACCAGACCGCCAUCGAGUAUGGCACAAUCCACGGAGGCUCCAGCAUGACCUUUUUCCAGAACUCCCGGUACCAGACGUACCAGAGGAUGUGGAACUACAUGUAUUCCAAGCAGCCGAGCGUCUUUGUCAAGAGCACAGAAGAAGGGAUCGCGCGCGUCCUCAACUCCAACUACGCCUUCCUGCUGGAGUCCACCAUGAACGAGUAUUACCGUCAGCGCAAUUGCAACCUCACGCAGGUCGGGGGCCUUCUGGACACCAAGGGCUACGGGAUUGGCAUGCCAGUCGGUUCCGCCUUCCGUGACGAGUUCGACUUGGCCAUUCUCCAGCUGCAAGAGAACAACCGUCUAGAAAUCUUGAAGCGGAAGUGGUGGGAGGGAGGCAAGUGCCCCAAAGAGGAGGACCAUCGAGCCAAAGGCCUGGGAAUGGAGAAUAUAGGUGGAAUCUUUGUGGUUCUGAUAUGUGGUUUAAUCGUAGCGAUUUUUAUGGCAAUGCUGGAGUUCUUGUGGAGCCUUCGACAUUCUGAACACUCCGAGGUGUCUGUCUGCCAGGAGAUGGUGACCGAGUUGCGAAGCAUCAUUCUCUGCAAGGACAGUUUCCAACCUCGUCGGAGGCGAGGGGGGGUUAUACGAACUCGUCCCGUUAUCCAAGAAGAACGGAGAGCUCGCACCACCACCACGCUCAGCAACGGCAAGCUCUGUGGCGGGGGCGAACCAGAUCCACUGGCACAGAGACUGGCCCAAGAAGCUGCCCUGGUAGCCCGAGGCUGCACCCACAUCAGGGUGUGUCCCGAGUGUCGGCGGUUCCAAGGUCUCCGGGCGCGGCCUGGGCCCGGGUCCCCCGCGCAAAGUGACGAGAGCUUGGAAUGGGAGAAAGUGACGAACAGCAGCGAGCCAGAGUAG